UGUUUUUUCCUACUCAACCCAGUGUGAAGCAAACAAAGGCGAUGCAAAACUUGAGAGGUAAAUAUUGUCACUUUCACCUCAUUUAGUUGCUCACUGGGAUCACAUCAUUACUCACCAUCCAUUCUCUGCAUGCAUUGAAGAGCAGGGAAUUUAUGGCCAGUAAUUUAAUGUCACAUUAUUUUUGCCAAGAGGAUUUAUUGGACCAGAUCGUUUCUGUUAUGUCUGCAUUUUCUUGUUAAGUCCUUUGAGGGAUUCUAUGUGAUUUACACUUGACUUCAUUUGGGGAACUGAUAGCCUCUGUGAUCUACCAAGCAACUAAACUAUUUUGGCCUGACUGCUUGCUCUCUUCUCUGAGUAUCAGAUUUAAGAGGAAAAGAACAAGAGAGGAAACCACACACAGACCAACAGAUCACAUCCACCUGUCCACAGAAGUUACAGAUGAGGUUGCAUCAGAAUCCUCAGCCGCUUGCCUGUCCUCAGAUGACUGCAGAAUGGAGCCUGGUGCUGGUCCUUUCAUCGAAGCCACAGUCCCGAAGGUUCUCCAUGAUGAGCUGAAACUCAAGUACAGCCAACUUUCUGCAGAGUGUGUCAACCUGCGUUCAGAGAUCAACAAACUGAAAUCAGAGAAGGAGGAACUAAAGGAAACACUCAGAAAAACACAGUUUUCCUUUAGCUCUAUCAAGAGCAAAGCGGUGCAUGUUCUGUUUUUCACAGGUCUGACCAGUGUCAUUUUUGAGUGGUUGAUUCAGAAACUUAAAGGCAGUGUAGAGGUUGUGCGUAGCUCUAUGAACCUAGAGGACCAUCUAUUAGUUACCCUAAUGAAACUAAGAUUAGGACUCAGCAACAAGGAUAUUGCUUUUAGAUUUAAUGUCACAGAAUGUGACGUCUCGAAAAUUUUGAGAAGUUGGCUCCCUGUCAUGUCUGCGACUUUAAAACCUCUCAUUAAGUGGCCAAGCAAGUAUGCAAUAUUAAAGAAUAUGCCAAAAUGUUUUAAACCUAAAUAUAAGCGUUGCAGGUGCAUUAUUGACUGCACAGAAAUUUUUAUAAACAGACCCACAAAUUUAACCUCCAGAGCCCAGACGUACUCAACUUAUAAAAGCCACAACACUGUAAAAUAUUUAGUUGGCAUGUCACCUGCAGGAGCCAUUACUUUUCUGUCGGCAGGUUGGGGCGGGCGUGUUUCCGAUAAACAAAUUACAGCAGAGUCUGGAUUUUAUGACCUUCUAGAGCAUAAUGAUGAGAUUCUAGCAGAUCGUGGUUUUACCAUCAGAGAUGAGCUUGCCACACGCGGUGCCACCCUUAAGAUCCCUCACUUUACCAAAGGUAGGAAGCAGCUCUCUGCUCAAGAAGUUGACACAUCAAGGCGUUUGUCUAAUGUGAGAAUACACAUUGAAAGAGUAAUUGGUAGAUGGAAAAACUUCAAAAUUCUGACAACUGUUAUUCCACUCACACAGGUUGACCUCUUAGAUGACAUGGUGAUUGUGUGUGGAGCAUUAACAAACCUCUGUAAAUGCAUAGUCCCAAGAAGAUAACUUGGAGUGGUUAACUUUUUUUUUUUAAUUAUUAUUUUUUAGGUGGUGGUGACCGCAACAAAACAGAGAAGGAUCACUGAACAAUUAAGUAAAUUACAUUAAUAGACUAUGAGUAAUAAUAUACAUAU